AUGGAAGAGUCUCUCUUUCCACUGCAAUUGAAUAUCACUUCAUACAGGGCCAUAGAUUUGGCCAUAAUCACCCUGGAGGUGUUUGUGGGCAUGUGGGUAAAUGCUUUCAUCGUUUGUGUGCUUUGCAUUGCCUGGGUCAAAAAGAAAACCCUGAACUCUAAUGAGAAGAUCUUGCUGCUGCUGGGAUGCUCCAGGAUUUGUUAUUUGUCCUUCACUGGAAUAUAUCGCUUUCUUUCAAUGAUUACUCACAAUAAGCUUUAUGUUCAAACCAUACGUCAACUAAUUAGAUCUUUGGCAAGCUUUUUUAAUUACACCAAUUUGUGGGUCUCAGCCUGUCUUUGUGGUUUCUACUGCAUAAAAAUUGCUAAUUUCAGGAACAGCUUCUUCAUCUACCUGAAAGUAAAAAUUGACAGGAUGGUGCCCUGGCUCUUGUUGGGGUCAGAGAUUUUAGCCAUGGCUAUCAGCAUCAUUCUUUCUGACUUCCCUGGAACUCUCCAGAGGAACAACAUCACUUCCACCAGUCAAGGAAAUUUUUGGGAAGUAGCUAUCAGAAAGGAUAAACAACUUUUCUCUUCCUUUUUACUCUCUGGUUUUGUAUAUGCAACUUCAUUCCUGGCAGUCAUGUUUUCUGCUGUUUUCCUUCUCUUCUCCCUCUGGAGACACAAGCGCACCAUGCAGACAGGCUCCAUGAAGGACCUCAGCAUGGAUGCCCACAUCAGAGCCAUGAAAUCUGUCCUCUCCUUCUUAGUGAUGUACAGCAUCAAUUUUGUAUGUUUAGUCUUGACAAAAAUUUAUGGCACAAAGAAAGAAAAUAUAAUGACACUCCUUUUAUACAUAUAUCUCUGCGCUUUUCCAGGUAUUCAUUCUCUUAUUCUGAUUUUCAGCAAUCCCAAGCUGGAAAAAACACUGCUGCAAAUUCUCUCCUGUGUGAAGUGUGAGGUUUUCAUCAAGUAG